GACUGAGCCGUGUUGCACAUUUUAAGAACAUUAUCCCCAUUUAAUCCACUUUGCCUUCUGUUACAAGCAGGUGGACACUCUAUUGGAAGAAACAGAGAGAAUUAAACACCUGCUUCUAUAUUCAAUUUUUCCUUUUAAUUUUCAGCAUAAACUUUAUGUUAAGUAUUAUUUUUUUAUUCUUGCAUUUCAGGUAUAAUUGUCUAAACAUCCUUAAUUUUUGACGACAUCUCCAGUAGGUUGGCUCAGACAUGGCGGAUCACAACAUACGACAGCAGAAACUGGACAAUCAGAGAAUCCUUAUGAUGAAAAAACAGGAAAGAAAGAGGACCGACACUCAGAUGGUGGUUGCUAAUUCAGACACUCGGCCUAAGAACAGAAGACAGAAGGGAAACCACCCCGAUGAGAUGCCUCUGAUCAGCCAGUCGCUGAGCAGGACAUCCCUGAGUGAUCAAAUUGAGCACGGCCACGAUAACCCGCUGGAAGAGAUCACACUAGGCGAAUGUGAUGUUACAACCACGUUAUCAGAUAAGUUCCUUCUGGAGAAAUCGGUGACGCCCAAGACAAUGAACUUAGACAUCGAGAACGACCCUGAUCCAAAGUGUGAAGUGGAAAAUGAUGCCCAGAUGACACAAGAUAAUGGCCCAGAAACAGAGUCAGAGGUCGAGGAGGCCAAGACUAGGUGCCAAUUAAGUGAGGAGAGCAAAGAUGACGAAACAAAGGACAAGCAAACGAAAGAGAGAAAGACGAACAAAGACGAUAAAACUACACCAAGUCUAGCUUCACUUAACUCCAACUACAGGGAGAUUUCAUCUUCAGAAAGUGAAUCCAAUGAAAGAUGUACAUCUCCACUCUCAGCAGAGGAACUGCAGAAGUUCGCAUUGCGUCCAGCCCCAAGAGAAGUGACGAUCCAGUGUCGGAUCACCCGGGACAAGAGGGGGAUGGAGAAGGGCAUGUACCCAACUUACUACCUACACAUGGAGAAGGAAGAUGGAAAGAGGAUAUUUCUAAUGGCAGGUAGAAAACGGAAGAAGAGCAAAACAUCCAACUAUCUCAUCUCCACUGAUCCAUUAAAUCUAUCCAGAUAUACAACGGGCUACAUCGGAAAAUUGAGGUCUAAUGUUCUGGGGACAAAGUUCACAGUCUAUGACGGUGGAGAAAACCCAGACAAGAAGCCCUUCAUCAAAGAAUGUGAGUCACUGCGGCAAGAGCUGGCAGCAAUUUGCUACGAAACCAAUGUCCUGGGUAUAAAAGGUCCAAGGAAAAUGACUGUGAUCCUCCCAGGCAUGCAGGAGAAUGACGAAAGAGUUUGCAUUUGUCCUCAGAGUGACCAAGAGACUCUCCUGGUCAGCCAAGAGAACGGCAACACGAGUAAACUGGUCACCCUCGUGAAUAAAUUUCCCAGCUGGAACGAACAGACUGGAUCCUUUGUGCUGAACUUCAGUGGCCGCGUCACACAUGCCUCUGUUAAAAACUUCCAGAUCAUCCACCCCGACAACGAGGACUACAUAGUGAUGCAGUUUGGCCGCAUAGCAAAAAAUGUGUUCUCCAUGGACUACACCUACCCCAUGUGUGCCCUGCAAGCAUUUGCUGUGGCCCUCUCCUCCUUUGAUGGCAAACUGGCCUGUGAGUGACUCCAAGCGGCACAGAGAACAUCAGAGGAAAUCACAUGAAUGAAAUAUGCACCAGGUGAUGGAACAUGUUCAGAGGUGCAUGUACAGACACUAGACAAGACACUUGGUAAUAGUACCCAUGGCCAUGAAGACAGUAAGGGUGACACCUUGACCUUCACCCAAAUGACGGACCUCUGGCUGACCUUACUAGGACAGUUCCGGAAUCCACAUUUGGAAUCUGGAAUCCAAAUUGUGUUGAAAAUCAAAAUUUAUGACAUGAACUUUUGCCAUAAUUAAAGAGCAAUUUCAGGAUCAGUGUUCUUUGACAUCCAAAUGUGAGAGGAAACAGUAAAACGACCAACAGGGCGCAUAACACCAAAACGGCAGACAUCACCUCAAUCCCAGUGGUUGACCUUUGGAAAAUUUCACUUUGCUGGGA